GUGCCUGCCUACGAGGGCUAGCAACAUCUUUCUCGGUCAGCACCAGGAAUCGUUGCAGCUACGCGUCUCUCAUCGUACGGCCCCCCCGGGUGCGCUGCCACCAUUUUGACUCAAUGCAGCGUACAAACGUACACUUCAAAGCGUUAUUGACGAGCAUCAAGUGGCGUCGUUCAAGGCAGACUAGACCCAAGAACUCGCGCUUCAUCCAACAUGGCAACAGACAACAUCCAUCAUCGAAUGGUCACAAACCCAAAACCUCAAAAGUCCGGAUUACAUCCAAGACUCAACCAGCAACGACAUGGAGAGGACGUCAAACAUCAGCCCACUGUGACGAGUGUGUCUUCGAAAAUCUCCUGGCAAGGACUGCAAGAACAUUAUGAUGCAGGUAGCCAUACUUCAGAAGGAACCUCCUCAUUGCCCUACUCACAAAAGGGCUUCCGAGCUCCAGUGUACUAUGGAGGAUACGGAAGUCCCGAAAAACAAGAUGCAAUGCGAGGCCAACACGAUUUAGCUGAUGAUUGGAGCGCAUCCUCGGUUGGAGAUCCAGAUACCCAAGUCAACGACCCCCGAGAGACAACUCAGACACAUUAUACAAUAUCGGAAGAUGAAAUAGGUAAAGGGUCACAGAACAAACUCGCCGCAUUAGCACUCAAAAUGGGUGCUCCUCAACGUAUCGAGCAUUCUACCCAUUUGGGUACCGCGCAACCCAUUCCAACCGCGUCAACAGCUCAAUUAGAGAACGAAUGCGAAGCCCCAAAUUUACGCCAGACGGGAUCUCCAGCGCCAGGGGUCAUCAAUUUAACAUCACAACAGAAACCUCACAGCCACAACCCAUCGUCAACAGUUCAAAGACAGAAGCAGCCCGAAAGAGCUCGUCGGAAGUGGGAAGCAGCCCAAGGGACACAGAACAUAAAACAGAGCCACGGCUAUCGCUAUAGCCCAGUAGAUGUUUCUGAGGCUCCAGUCAAUGACGGUGAAGCUUAUUUGGAAUCAGGUCUUUCCUCAGAGCUUAGAGCGUGUGCUGCUACCCCGAACAUCUCAGAACACAUUCUGAUGGCUGUUUCUGAGGCAGGUGAAGUCCCUGACGGAGCCUUCUCAGAACCUCUGAGCGCCGAAGAGACAUCUUUAUUGUAUUAUGAUGUCUUUCAAAAGAUGAAGCAGCGAAUCCAGCUGUUAGAAGCGGCUAAUGACGAGCUUAGCCGAAUUCUCACGCCUCAAGUGAAUGUCAGGGUACAGAUCUUCCACCUCCUCGAUAACAAAGAAAUGGGCGAAAGUGUUUACCUCUCGGAACCAAAAUGGAUGGUGAUUUGUAACGACAUUGGUCUCGUUGCCCAAUUUCUAUUAGUAGACCCUGAAGGAUACAUUGAAAAAGAGAAAGACAUCUCAUUUGUAAUCUACAAGUGUUACUCAGAAGAGCAUCAGAGAGAUGCAGUGGAAAAAGCGCGGAAGUCUUCAGGGUCACUACCAACCCCGGAACCUGCCUACCAAGACAUUUUGCUCACUUCGGAGGAAAUGGUGGAGGCUUUGGAGGCUUUUUUCGCCCUGCAUCCGGCGUCUCGUCAAGAAUUUCCUAAACUCUACACUCAUAGCAGAUUAUCAGCGCCGUUUGUAUGGUGGUAUCGCCACCGCAGGUCAAGUAAGAUCGAAACCCUGCCGCGCCGCCAAGCCGAAUUGGUUAAUGCGCUCGUAAGUCACAUCGAAGAGGCUUACGCAAGGUUGUACGACAACAUCGAAGAACAACUCAGCAGAGGUUAUGUGUCGAACAUCUCCAUGGAAUUUCUUUUCCGGCCUGGGCAAGUCCUGGUCUCGUUCACGGAUGGCGUCCCUCAAGGCCACAUUGCAUUGUCUCACCCUUAUGCCCACGUCAAUGAACCUAGCGACAUCUUCACUCUACCAAAAUCGAAAGGUCGACAAGAUAUUUCAGGUAAUAAUUUGUCGCAAUGGACCGUGUCAUCGCGUACAAUUUCCUAUCGUGGAGAAUUCGUGCGGGUGGUAAAUGAACUCAAGAUUGGGUUAGAGACGGAGACGGAGAACGGAGAGAUUGAUAUCUCGAGCCUACCUGUCAUACCGCUUGAGUAUGCCUCACAUGCAUUGCGGGAGAGGCUAAUGCGUCGUGGCCAAACGUUCUGGAAAUGUCGCGAGAAAAGGCUUGUUUCCUGCCAAGGCACAGGACAAAUCCACAGUGGCGAAAGAUUUAUGAUUGACUUCGAGACGUAUACAAGCUUUCAUCCACAGAAUCAGUACACAAAUAAGGACAAGCUCGUACCAGAGCCAGGCCUGCCAACAAACGGCAGUGAACCGCGCCUUCCUGAGAUCUACCUCUUUCCAAACCUUGUCCCUGGCUUUGAUCUAAGGCGUAAGAAAUGGGUUGAUGUUGAGGUCGACCAGAUUCGGGACGUGGCCUGGAACGAUCAAGCCUUCAACAGUCUGGUGGCCGAUGAAGACAUGAAAACGCUCAUUCUUGCACUUGUCACCAACCAAAUCGAUGCCAAAAGAGGCACAGACGUUAUCGAUAACAAAGGAAACGGCCUUAUUAUGCUGCUUCAUGGCUCUCCGGGCACCGGAAAAACAUUUACAGCAGAAUCCGUCGCCGAAAUAGCUAAGAAGCCUUUGUACUCGGUAACCUGCGGCGACAUAGGCACGAAUCCUGCUGAUGUUGAGAAAUAUCUCGAGUCAGUCUUCCACCUCGGCAAGAUCUGGGACUGCGUCGUGCUCCUCGACGAAGCCGAAGUGUUCCUCGAGCAACGUACUCUACAAGACCUCCAACGGAACGCACUUGUCUCCGUGUUCUUGCGCGCUCUAGAAUACUACGAUGGGAUCUUGAUCCUUACGACAAACCGUGUGGGUACCUUCGACGAGGCAUUCAAGUCUCGAAUUCAACUAGCGCUCCGGUACCAAAGGUUGGAGGCCUACCAACGCAAGCAAAUCUGGAAGAACUUCUUCGAGCGGCUCAAGAGCAUCGGAGAGGAGGACAGCAUUGACUUUGACGAUAUUUCGCUGCACAUAGACGAGCUGACCAAGCACCCCAUGAACGGACGACAGAUCCGGAAUACGAUCACCACCGCGCGGCAGCUCGCUAAGUUUAUGGGGAAGAAGAUGGUAUUUUCGCAUCUGCAACGAACUAUUGCAAUCACGAAUAAGUUUGACGAGUACUUGGCUGACGUUCGGGAAGCUGAUGUGGAGGAACAUGUUUUCGAUGCGCACUCGUGA